CCCCAAGGGGGCUGUGCUUUGUCUGGGUAGAUCUGCCACAUUGACUUAAGAUGGAGCCCAUCACGCUGGACGAGAACAUCUGUUACUAUGUGCUCAUCCCCAUCUUCAUCGUCUGCAUCAUGGUCUCAUUCCUCCGGCAGAAGAUCCUCGUCGUCCUCAAAAGCGACACCAAAGUCGACCUCAAGGAAGUCAAAAACUCGUGAGCACACACACUCACCAACGCACCCACAAGAAGCAGCAGAGAUCUCUCUCUCCUUGUGAUGAUGACGAUGUGACACUGAUGGUUGAUGCUGCAGGCAGCUGCUGACACGUGCGAAGGUGCUGCGUGUCAAUGCCGACUUUCUGCCAGAGAAGGCGUUCCGCUCGCGGAAGGCCUUCUUCAACAAGAAGGACACGGGCGCCUUCUGGAACCCACCUGACACACCAAACCCCCUGCAAGCUAUGGCCACACAAGGUGGGGGCGGAUGAGAUGAGACCAGCAGAUAAGGCAAGGCCUGUAGUGUGGGUGUGGUUGCGGUUGUGGUUGUGGUUGUGGUUGUGGUGUGUGGUCAGAUCCGACUCAGGUAAUGGGCAUGCUCAAGUCGCAGAUGGCGUUUGUCAUCCUCAACGGCGGGCUGGCCUACUGGGUCCACUUCCUCUUCUCGGGCUUCCUCGUCGGUAAGCUCCCUGCCUACCAGGUUGAACCAACAGAGAGAGAGAGAGAGAGAGAGAUGGCCUGUAGUGCUGGACAUGUCUGUCUGAGAGCUGCCUUAUGUAUGCUGUGGUGUGGUGUGGUGUGGUGUGUGUCGUGUCGUGUCGUGUCGGGUGGGCACACAGCCAAGGCGCCGUUCCCCCUGACCUACAAGUUCAAGUUUAUGCUGCAGCGGGGGGUGGACCUCAGCUCCCUUGACGUCACAUACGUCUCCUCACUCUCAUGGUCAGUCAGUCAGUUGGUUAGGUGCGGUGGCAGACAGACAGAGAGACGGAGAGAGCUGAGGAGGGACACUGUUGACUGACAGCUGCAUGCCGUCUGUUGCCGGCCGGGCCGGUGUGGUCAUCACUCACAUCAAUCGAUCAGGUACUUCUUCAUCUUGUUUGCGUCGGGUGGGAUCGUCUCGCUGCUGCUGAAUCUGCGCGGCGCACGUAAGACAGGCAGGCAGUCGAACGUUCAACAGAAGGCGACUCGACUCACCAUCAUCUGUCUGUCUGUCUCGAUGCGUGUGUGCGUGUGUGUGUGGCUGUGAUGUGCACUGCAGCGCAGCACGAGCAGGAGGCGCAGGACAUCCAGGCGAUGGACAUGAUCAACCCAAUGAUGGGCGGCAUGGCCGGACCAAGUGAGCCGAGCUGAGCUGAGCUGAGCCGAGCCAGGCCAGCAGCAUCAAUCCCUCUCGUAUGUGUGUGACAUCCCGGUGUUGUGUUGUGUUGUGGGUGGUGUGUGUGUUCAGCUGCGAUGCCUGGUAUGCCAGGCUCCCAGCCUGACUUGAAGAAGGUCUAUCAGCAGGAGAGAGACAACCUAGACAUCGUGGUACGGUCGGUCAGCAACUCCACCCAGCCAGCCCAGCCACACUCAUAUACACUUUUCACGCCAGCACGAGUGCAGUGUGUGGCUGUCUGUGGUCGGUAUGUAUGUGUCAGUCUCACGACUUUGCCUUGGCGACUGUCGAGCAGAGGCUGGUACAAAAGUGGACCAAGCAGAAGCAGCACUGAUGCGAUGCGUGUGAAGAGAGGUGUCGCUGGCUGGUGACAGUGUGACU